CACGCCCCCUCCGCGGGCCCGCCCUCCCAUUGGUCAUCCUAGCAGGGCCAGGCGCAGGAGCCAAUCAGCGGCGGAGGAGGAGGAAGGCAUGGCUCCCACCUCCCACCUGAGAGGCAAGCCCCGCCAGGGGUCAGUGACCUUCCAAGACGUGGCCGUGGACUUCACCUGGGAGGAGUGGGGGCACCUGGGCCCCGCCCAGAAGGAGCUGUACCGGGAGGUGAUGCUGGAAAACUACGGGAACCUGGUCUGCGUGGGGCUUGCAGGAGCCAAACCAGAUGUGAUCCAGCGGCUGGAGCAAGGGGAACCACCGUGGAGGCCAGGGGAAGGCUUCUCCAGAAGCAGCCGUCCAGAUUGGGAAACUAGACUUGAAAACAAAGAGUUAAGUUCAGCACUGGGCAUAUUUAUAGAAGAAUCUUCCAGGGGAAAACUCAAAGUGGACAGUCCUUGUGUCUUAAAUUUGAGAGAAGACUGGGAAUGUGAUGUCAACUUAAAGAGCCUACGGAAUUAUGAGGAGAAACAUUCUAGCAAAGUAAAAAUCACUCAGAGGAAGCGACGAAGCAAAGUGAAAAACCGUGAAUAUACUAAGAAUGGCAGAAGCUUUGGUGUAGAAUCAGUCCUUUCAGAAUUGAUCAUUCCUAAGGACAAUGAAAAUGGGAAAUCAUUUAGUAAUCAUUCAGACCUUAUGGAAAAUCAUAAAUUACACACUGAUGAGAAACCUUAUGAGUGUAAUGAAUGUGGGAAAACUUUCCUUUGGUCAACAGAACUUACCCACCACCAGAGAACUCAUACUGAAGAGAAACCUUAUGAGUGUAAGGGCUGCGGGAAGGCUUUCCGCUGGAAUUCACAGCUUAUUCUGCAUGAGGGAAUCCACAGUGGAGAGAAACCAUUUGAAUGUGAAGAAUGUGGAAAGGCCUUCCGCCUGAGGUCACAGCUGACUUUACACCAGCGAAUCCAUACUGGAGAGAAACCUUUCGUGUGCAACAAAUGUGGGAAAGCAUACAGGCUGAGCUCACAACUUACUCUACACCAGAGAAUUCAUACUGGAGAAAAGCCUUUUAAAUGUAAAGAAUGUGGGAAGGCCUUUCACCUAAGUGGACGGCUUACUGUACACCAGAGAAUUCAUACUGGAGAGAAACCUUAUGGAUGUAAUGAAUGCGGGAAGGCUUUCCUCAUGAGGUCACAGCUUAUUGCACACCAGAGAAUUCACACUGGAGAGAAACCUUAUGAAUGUAAUGAAUGUGGGAAACUCUUCCGCCUGAGUGGACAACUUACAGUACACCAGAGAAUCCAUACUGGAGAGAAACCCUGUGAAUGUAAGGAAUGUGGGAAGUCCUUCCGCCUGCAGUCACAGCUUACCCUUACCGUACACCAGAGAAUCCAUACUGGGGAGAAACCUUUUGAAUGUAAUGAAUGUGGGAAGUCCUUUCAGUGGAGGUCUCUAAUUAUAGUACAUCAGAGAAUUCAUACUGGAGAGAAACCUUUUGAAUGUAAUGAAUGUGGGAAAGCUUUCCGACUGCAGUCACAGCUUACUUCACACCAGAGAAUUCAUACUGGAGAGAAACCAUAUGAAUGUAAUGAAUGUGGGAAGGACUUUCAGUGGAGGUCUCUGCUGGCAGUCCAUCAGAGAAUUCAUACAGGAGAGAAACCUUUUAAAUGUAAUGAAUGUGGGAAGACCUUUCGCCUCAGUGGACAGCUUACUUCACAUCAGAAAGUUCAUACUGGAAAGAAUCCUUAUGAAUGUAAUGAG